GGGCUGAGCGAUGACGCAUCUGGUCAGGAUGGCUGACGGUCCUUUGCGCUCUGGACGCCCACUCUCUUGACAUCGCCAACUAAAAUCUUUUUCUCGUCCUUGGGUGGUCUGAUCUGGAUGAACGCAAGUUGAAGAUCCAACCCAACCUGUCGUCUAGUUGCUGGAUUUUGACGAGAUUAGGGUAGCGGCUGUCGGCACAUAUUCUUUGGCUGGUGAUCUGAUUCAUAGACAGCUUAUUAAUCCUGAUGUGGAGAUAAGGAUGGUGGAGAACACUCCUGAUGAUCCACGACAGAGGAAGCCUGACGUCACAAAGGCAAAAGAAUUGCUAGGUUGGGAGCCAAAAGUCAAGUUGCGGGAUGGUCUUCCCCUUAUGGAGGAGGACUUCCGAUUAAGGCUUGGAGUCUCCAAAAAAGCGUGAACUGAAACUUACAUUAGUUCUGGGGUGAUAUAGAGUGGUCAUGGUGGGGAGGUGUCAUAAAAGACAACAACCAUC